CUAUUUUUGUUUAAGAAGUUUUAGUUAAUAUUGCUAGCUGUCAAUCAACAUGAAAAUUAUUUCCGGGUGCGAAAAGGAUUUUAUCACAAAUUGUAUUUGUAAAAAACAACUGCGACUUGAUGGAAGAAAUUUAACCGACGGCCGUACACUUGAAAUUGCUUUCGGUGAAGAAAGAGGUUGCUGUAUUGUUCUUUUAGGCAAUACUAGAACACUAGCCCAAGCCUCAGCUGAAAUUACAGAACCUAAACAGAACACGCCUAAUGAAGGUAUCCUGCAUCUUAACUUGGAAUUUUCAGCGAUGGCGUCACCUGAUGCUAAAGCUCAAUCGAGAUCUUCUGAUGAAGUGGUCGAGGCACAGCGACUUCUUGAGAGAUGCAUUCGAGACAGUAAAUGCAUUGAUUUGGAAUCUUUGUGCAUUGCUGCUGGAUCGAAAGUGUGGACCAUCCGCGUCGACGUUCAUGCCCUCAAUGACGAUGGAAAUUUAAUUGAAUGUUCCUGCAUUGCUGCUGUGUCUGCCUUAGCGCACUUUCGCCGACCCGACGUGUCCGUGUCUGGUACAGAAGUGAUUGUUCAUGAUGAUCACGAGGAGGUGGCUUUAAAUAUGCAUCAUAUGCCUAUUAGUGUUAAUUUAGCCCUCUAUGAGCAAGGCAAAUAUAUACUCGUUGAUCCAAUCUAUGUGGAGGAGAAAGUCGCUGAUGGGUGUUACAUAAUGGGCAUUAAUGCUCAUCAAGAGAUAUGUUAUGUGCAUCGUCGUGGUGUUCUUUUGCUGCUGGUUGAGGCUGUUGAGAGAUGCGAAGACGCAGCAGUGAAACGAGCGCAGGUCGUUACUCAAACUAUCAGAAAAGCCCUUGAUGAUGAUGCUUAUAAAAGAGCUACAAACUCUGUGAUUGGGUUCACAAGUAUGAUAAAUGAAGGGACGAUUUUGGGUGCUAAAAAGCUUAUUCCAGAAGUUGACUUAGAAAGCAUCAGUAGACAUGAAGCGCAAGACGAACCCGAGCCGGAGGUGUUGAUGGUGCAGGACGAACAGAAUGGACGUUCAUCAUCAGCUGGGGACAGGAGAGUAACUAAAGAGUCAGAACCAUCCAAUGCAAUGUGGCGAGCCAUGACUAUCCUCAAAGAGCAAGAAGCAGCUGUUUUCGAAGGUGGUAAGAGUAAAUGGGGAGUUCAAGAAGAAGAAGAUGAGGAAGAAGAAUCGUCCAUAAGUUCUGAGGGAGAUAUAUCUCCAAAUGUUUCUGGAGUUGUUAAAAAAGAAAAGGAGUCUGAGAGUGAGGAGGAAGCUGUAUAUAUUGAUGAGGAUCAAGUAGACGUCAAGCCAGGAUCCAGAGGGUGGUAUUCAAAAGAUCCAUUUAUUUAAACAUUUUAUGCUGUAACUGUCCUUUGCAUUUUUAUUAAAUCGUACAUUGAAUUUUGUUGCUGUUAUGCUUUUAUUUUUUGUAAUAGCUAAUUAAAUAUUAGAAGUAAUUAAAAAAUAUUGUUUUUGGGU